AUGGCCCCUUGCGACUGCCUCUUGACCAGUUUGAGCACCUCCAGAAUUAUGCAGCAGCUGAUUGUCAUGAUAAAUAAUAUUCUGUACUACAGCCUUCCAGAGAACUAUACGCGUACUAUUACAAAGGAUAUUGCCACAUUUUGCUGGAUUUUUCUCACCCAUGUUAGCCUCUGGUGUGCCACAUGGCUCAACAUUUUCUACUGUGUGAAGGUCACCAACUUCCCCCAUCACCUUUUCCUCUGGCUGAAACUAAGGAUCAAUGUACUUGCACCCAGACUGCUCGGAAUGGUGGUAAUAGCUCUUAUGCUCUUCUCUGUUCAUCCAACCAUUCUUUAUUUUGAAAACAAGAAGCUCUGCAAUCUCUCAAGAACUCUGCCACGGAAUGCCCAUCUCAGCAAUGUUUGCCACGACCCAUUCUUCACUUUCAGAACUCUACAGUUAUGUUCUUUAUGCAUGAGUUUCAUCCUCAGUGUAACGGCAUCCAUGGUUUUGCUCAUCUCUCUUUGGAGGCACAUAAGGUAUCUAAGAAAGAGAGGCUCUGUCAUUAAGGACCUCAGCACUCAGGUCUAUCUCAAUGUCAUGAAGUCUUUGUUAUUCUCUCUUUUCUUUGGCAUUACAUAUUUUGCUUCAUUAAUCAUUCCUAUGGUUAGUCUGUACAGGAUUGACACAAAUGGCCAAUUAGUUCUUGAGAUCGUGCUCUCUGCAGUCCCUUCAGCACACUCCAUAAUCUUAAUAUUGUCCAAUCGAGAACUAAAAGAAAUCUUCAUGCACAUUCUACACAUCAGACAAAGGGCUGCCUAA